GAGAACUCUCAGGGAGACCCACAGACUCAUAGACACGGGAGAGACAGAGGAGGAGAGAGACAAACAAAGGCACAGCGGAAGGAGGCAGAGACAGAAAGGGCAGGCACAGAGACGGAACCAGAUUCUCACAGAGGGAGAGCCCAGAGAAGCUACAGAAGACACAGGCAGGCAGACAAAGAUUCCGGAGAGACAGGCACGAGAGGAGAGUUUGCAGGAUCCAGACCACUGGAGACCUCCUCUCAGCCUAGCAGCCAAGUUUUCUCCAUCUCCUCUGAAGGUCCCCAGCCCCUCAGAAAACUUUGCCUCUGACCCAAUCAGGGUCUGAGCCCCCAAGCUACAGAAAGGAACUUUCCAAAGCCUGAGUGUGGAGGGCUGGGUACUCCAGACUCCUCACUGCCUCCCAACUGCAGCACGAGUGCCAUGUCCUGGAUGGGACUUCCCAGGAGGGGCUUGGAGGGACGCUGGUUAUGGGGAGUUCAGUCCUGCCUGCUGUUCCCCACGGUGCCCCUCUCCGGGUUGGGGCACCGGUGGCGGCUGCUGCUGCUGCUGGCCUCUCUGCUGCCCUCAGCCCGGACAGCCAGCCCCUUCCCCCGGGAGGAGGAGAUCGUGUUUCCAGAGCAGCUCAACAGCAGUAUCCUUCCUGGCUCGGGCACCCCUGCCAGGCUGGUGUACCGCUUGCCGGCCUUUGGGGAGAUGUUGCUGCUAGAGCUGGAGCAGGACCCUGGUGUGCGGGUCGAGGGACUAACAGUGCAGUACUUGGGCCAGGCGCCUGAGCUGCUGGGCGGGGCUGAGCCGGGCACCUACCUGACAGGUACCAUCAAUGGCGAUCCAGAGUCAGUGGCAUCUCUGCACUGGGAUGGAGGAGCCCUACUAGGGGUGCUGCAGUAUCGGGGAUCUGAACUCCACCUCCAGCCCCUGGAGGGGGGCACCCCUAACUCUGCUGGGGGGCCUGGGGCUCAUGUACUCCGUCGGAAGCAUCCUGCCAGCGGCCAGGGUCCUAUGUGCAACGUCAAGGUUCCCUCAGGGAGCCCCAGCCCCAGUCCUCGAAGAGCCAAGCGCUUUGCUUCACUGAGUAGAUUUGUGGAGACCUUGGUUGUGGCAGAUGACAAGAUGGUGGCUUUCCAUGGUGCAGGGCUAAAACGCUACCUGCUGACAGUUAUGGCAGCAGCUGCCAAGGCCUUCAAGCACCCAAGCAUCCGCAACCCUGUCAGUUUAGUGGUGACUCGGCUAGUGAUAUUGGGUCCAGGUGAAGAGGGGCCCCAGGUGGGACCCAGUGCCGCCCAGACCCUGCGCAGCUUCUGUACCUGGCAACAGGGACUCAACACCCCUGAAGACUCAGAUUCGGAUCACUUUGACACAGCCAUUCUGUUUACCCGUCAGGACCUGUGUGGGGUCUCCACUUGUGACACUCUAGGCAUGGCUGAUGUGGGCACUGUGUGUGACCCAGCUCGGAGCUGUGCCAUUGUGGAGGAUGAUGGGCUCCAGUCGGCCUUCACUGCUGCUCACGAACUGGGCCAUGUCUUCAACAUGCUCCAUGACAAUUCGAAACCAUGUGUUGGUCUGAAUGGACCUGGGAGCACCUCCCGCCAUGUGAUGGCUCCUGUGAUGGCUCACGUGGACUCUGAGGAGCCCUGGUCCCCCUGCAGUGCACGCUUCAUCACUGACUUCCUGGACAAUGGCUAUGGGCACUGUCUCUUAGACAAGCCAGAAGCUCCCCUGCAUCUGCCUGUGACUUUUCCUGGCAAGGACUAUGACGCUGACCGCCAGUGCCAGCUGACCUUUGGGCCCGACUCACGCCAUUGUCCACAGCUGCCUCCACCCUGUGCUGCCCUCUGGUGCUCUGGCCACCUCAAUGGCCACGCCAUGUGCCAGACCAAGCACUCACCCUGGGCCGACGGCACCCCCUGUGGGUCAGCUCAGGCCUGUAUGGGUGGCCGCUGCCUCCACAUUGACCAGCUCCAGGACUUCAAUAUCCCUCAGGCUGGUGGCUGGGGUCCCUGGGGACCAUGGGGUGACUGUUCUCGGAGUUGUGGAGGUGGUGUUCAGUUCUCCUCCCGGGACUGCACGAGACCUAUCCCCCGCAAUGGGGGCAAGUACUGUGAGGGCCGCCGCACCCGCUUCCGUUCCUGCAACACCCAGAACUGUCCAACUGGUUCAGCAUUGACCUUCCGUGAGGAGCAGUGUGCUGCCUACAACCACCGCACCGACCUCUUCAAGAGCUUCCCAGGGCCUAUGGACUGGGUUCCUCGCUACACAGGGGUGGCUCCCCAGGACCAGUGCAAGCUUACCUGCCAGGCCCAGGCACUGGGCUACUACUAUGUGCUGGAGCCACGGGUGGUAGACGGGACUCCCUGUGCCCCAGAGAGCUCCUCAGUCUGUGUCCAGGGCCGCUGCAUCCAUGCGGGCUGUGACCGCAUCAUCGGCUCCAAAAAGAAGUUUGACAAGUGCAUGGUGUGCGGUGGAGAUGGCUCUGGAUGCAGCAAGCAAUCUGGCUCCUUCAGAAAAUUCAGGUAUGGCUAUAACAAUGUGGUUACUAUCCCUGCGGGGGCCACCCACAUCCUUGUCCGGCAGCAGGGGACUGCUACCCCCCGGAGCAUCUACCUAGCUCUGAAGCUCCCAGAUGGCUCCUAUGUCCUCAAUGGCGAAUACACACUGACGCCCUCACCCACCGUUGUACUGUUGCCCGGAGCUGUCAGUCUGCGCUACAGCGGGGCCACUGCAGCCUCAGAGACACUGUCAGGCCACGGACCACUGGCCCAGCCCUUGAUUCUGCAGGCCCUGUUGGCUGGCAAUCCUCAGAAUGUACGCCUCCGAUACAGCUUCUUCGUGCCGCGGCCAACCCCUCCAACAGCACGCUCCACUCCCCAGGACUGGCUGCACCGCAAGGCCCAGAUCCUGGAGAUCCUCCGGCGGCGCCCCUGGGCAGGCAGGAAAUAACCUAGCCAUCCCGGUUGCUCUUCUUGGGCACCGGGGCCUCUGACUUAGCUGGGUAAAAGAGGGGCUCCUGCAGCUGCCUCAUGCUGAGACACAGUGGGGAGGGCCUGUGGGGUGGCACCCACCCCUCCUCUCUGCCCUAAUGUGCAGGCUGGCCCUGCCUUUGUGUCCUGCCCUGGGAGGCAGUGAUAGGUUGGUGGAUCCAAGGUGGCUGGGAAACAGUCCCCUAUCUAAAUUGCCUCCUCUGCCCUGCUGGUCACAGGAGGGAGGGAGAAAGCAGGGUGGGCCCCAGUUGUAUUUAUUUAGUAUUUAUUCACUUUUGUUUAGUAGCAGGGAAGGGGAUAAGUAUUAGGGAACUGGGGAAACUGACUCCACCCCACAUAGCCCUUAAUCUUGGCUAGGAAAUGCAGGGUGGUGGUGAUUAGUGUAAGUGAUCUCUGUGUGUGUGUGAGUGCUUGUGUGUGCGCGUGUGUGUGCUUAUGUAUGAGGAACAUCCUGCCCUGCUUUCCUCUCCCUGAAUUUCCUUUUCUAGGAAAGGAAGAGUCAAGGGUAGGAUGGACCUUCAGGGAAUGAGGGAUAAGAAUGCAUAUUUUUU